AUGCCAGUCAAGGCGGCCUCCAUGAUGCAAGCUUGUGAAGGGUGCAAAGCGCAAAAUGUCAAGUGCGAUUUAGGCCUCCCCAGCGGCAUCCCACCCUGUAUCCGCUGCCGCCGCGAACUCACGGUCUGCUCCUUCAGCUUCAGCGACAAGCGCAAGACUCAGACCCCACCCGGCAAACCUCAACCCGUCAGUCCACCAGCCCAGCUCACUCAGGCCGACCUCAACAACAUCGUCAUCGACUACCUCGCCAAGCGCGGCUACAACCGCACAGUCGCUACCCUCCAAGCUGAGUCUACCGAACCCGUCAUUCCGAAGUAUGAGGACACCUGGGACAUGACUCGCGACACCGCACGCAUUUUUGCGGCUGAGCAAGCAUCAUCGCGUCGCAAUCUCAACGACAUCGUCUUCAAGUAUCUCGCCAAGAAAGGCUAUGCUCGGACUGAGGCUGUGUUGCGGUGUGAGGUUGAGCUUCAGGAGAUUGACCAGAUGAUGGAGGGCAUGAAGAACGAUGCUAAAGGCCAGGAGCCGUGGGUCAUAGCUGCGAAUCCUUUGGUCAAGUGGGCCAAGAAGGAGACCAAGGAGGACUCUGAGGAUGAAGAUUGGGAGAUGCUGUAA